AAUAAAAUAAAUAAUAAAUAUACAUGAAUAAUAUAGAAAAUUUGUUAGACUAAACACAUCGAAAUACUAGAAGAGGCAUCGUAUUCUAACAUACAAGAAAAACCUUUACAAUUAAACCAGACUCACCUAAAACUAGAGAAGCAUGUUUAGCUUUAGGUUAUGAUCCACAUAUAUUUUAAUUCAAGUAACAGUCCAAAAUUAAUGUCAUUAGAUCGUUAGAGGAUUUUGCUGAACCAGACAUACCAGAAAAUGUCUAAAAGAUGAGAUUUGAACAUUAUAUGAAAAAGACUGAAGGUAAAACUGAAAAUUUAUUUUAGGUGCUUUAAAAGAAAUUAGUAAAAUGCGUAAGACUAUAAUAAAAAAAUAAAAAAAUAUAACUAAUUUACAUCUAGAAAAGAGUUUUCAGAGAGAUGAAGAGUAUUUUAUAUUUUUUAAUAAAGAUUGGUUAAUGAUUUAAUAGAAGCUUAUAACAAAAAAAUGAGUAGCAUUGAUAAAGAAGAUAAAGAUGCCUCAUAUUUAUCUUUUGAUGAAGAUGAUCCAAUAUUAGUGUUAGAAUAAUAAUUGGAAAAAGAAAUUGCUAAAUAUAAAAAAUCAUUAUAAAUAAAAGCUAAAGAAGUCUAACAUUAAUUGGAUAAUGAAAAAAAAAGACAAAAAAUGUAACAUGAUUUGAUUGAGAGAGAAAAAAGAAUAGAAGAAUUAUAAUUUAAAAUAUCUCAAUAGAAAGCUAAGAAAAAAAGAUAAAUGAAAUAAACUUCAUAGAAGAAAUUUAAUGAAAUUAAAUAAAAAGAAAGAGAAAAACAAAUCAAAUUAUUUGAAGAUAAAAAAAAACAAGCUGAAAAAUUAGAAAAAAUGUAAAUUAUUAAAUAAUUCUAGACAAAAAAAAUUAGAGUAAGAUGAAAUUUAACAUAAGAAAGAAUUAGAAGAAUAAGAAAAAAAAUAUUAAGAAAGAAGAUUAUAAAUAUAACAACGCAAAAAUUUAUAAGAUUAAUAAUAUAAUUAACACUUGGCAUAAACUAUGACUUAAAUAUAAUAAAAAUGGGCAGAAACUUCAUCAAAUAAAGAAAAAUAAAUUUGGGAAAGCAAACUUGAACGUCUUAAUUUGAGAAGUUCUUUACAUGAAGAAAAAUUAAAAUAGUACAAAUUAAGAACUUUCUAAAAAGAAGAAUCUUUAGUUUAGUCUGUUGUUUAAAAAUUAGCAAAUAAAGAAGAAGAUCUUAAAGGUAAUUAAUAUUUUAAAUUAGCAUUAAAAUAAUCAAAAGAAAGAGAAGAAUAAAGUAAACUUAGAGAUGAAAAAUUAAGAAGAAAAAAAAUUGAAAAAAGUCUUAAAAAUAUUUAAUCUUAAUAAUUUGAUAGAGUUGAUACAUUAUAAAAGAAAUUUUAACUUCUUGAAGAUUAUAGUCUUAAAAGAAAAGAAGAAUUAGAUUAUCAGAAAUCUUUAAAAUAAGAAAGAAUGAAAUUAAAACAAUAAGAUUUAAUAGAAAACUAUUAAAGAUAAGAAAGAUUAAAAGAUUUUAGAUUUAAAUCAUUAAUUAAGUCAACCUAAUAAUUAAAUGAAUAAAAAUCUCUUGAAAAAAUCUCAAAUGAAUUAAUUCGAAAAGCUCAAUAAGAACUUUAAAAAAAAUUAAAAAAAGAUUCAGAUAAUCUUGAUUAGAGUCUCAUAAAUGUGAGUUAAGCUGAUGAAAAGAUUUUGAAGUAAAAUUUAAGAUUAUUUUUUAUAGCUAAAGAGUCAGCCAACUUGAAAAAAGUUUAUCAAAUCUUACAUAAAAUUCUAAGAUCAUACACUGA